UAUUUAGUCGACACAGGUAUACAGGUGAGAUAACAAAAACCUGAGGUCACGUGACGUGUUCUGACUGAAGGUAUAUACUGUGUAGACAGGUUUUCAUUCAAGGGUGUGUCCAUUUUGGAAGUUUGGCAGAUUAUUCAGAAUAAAAAAUGCGGAACACACACUGACAGAUGCUGUAUGGAUAUUCAGAGUGAACACGUUUUUGAAAUCAAUGAAGUGACACUGCACAGUCUGAAUCAGAAAUAACCAUGGUGAUCUUAACAAAGGGAGAUCAUAUUUGGCUAGAGCCAGCGGCAAAAGGGGAAUUUGCCGUGUCUAUCGGAGCUCGUGUGAAAUUCCAUGACAAAAAUCGCAUAAAUGUUGUGGAUGAUGAUGGCAAAGAGCACUGGAUCGACCUGGGUCGUCCUAUGCGACACAUGCACACCACAUCAGUGGAAGGAGUGGAAGACAUGAUCAUGCUCGGGGACUUAAAUGAGUCGGGAAUUCUGAGAAACCUUUUCAUCAGAUAUGUGGAUAAUCUAAUCUAUACGUAUACUGGAUCCAUUCUCGUAGCUGUUAACCCUUACCAAAUCCUACCUAUCUACACCUCGGAACAAAUUCAGCUGUAUCGGGACAAAAAGAUUGGUGAAUUGCCUCCUCACAUAUUUGCUAUAGCAGACAAUGCUUACUACAAUAUGCAGCGGUACACAAAAGACCAGUGUGUCAUCAUCAGUGGAGAAUCUGGAGCUGGGAAAACGGAGAGUACAAAACUUAUCCUUCAGUUCCUGGCAGCUGUUUCAGGGCAACAUUCCUGGAUAGAGCAGCAGAUCCUAGAGGCAAACCCCAUCAUGGAAGCUUUUGGAAAUGCAAAAACCAUCCGAAAUGAUAACUCCAGUAGAUUUGGAAAGUACAUAGACAUUCACUUCAAUCAGAAGGGAUCUAUAGAAGGAGCAAAGAUAGAGCAGUAUUUACUAGAAAAAUCUCGAAUUGUAACACAGGCUCAUGACGAACGGAAUUACCACAUCUUUUACUGCAUGUUGGUCGGGAUGACGACAGAAGAAAAGAAGAAAUUAGAUGUGACAGAUGCCACAAAUUACUGGUAUCUCACACAGGGUGGAUCCAUCACUUGUGAAGGCCGUGAUGAUGCGAAGGAAUUUGCGGACAUAAGAUCUGCCAUGAAGGUUCUCAUGUUUAAAGACACAGAAGUGUGGGAUAUACUCAAAAUUCUCGCCGCCCUUCUUCAUGUUGGAAACAUUAAAUACAAUGCCAUAGAAAUGGACAACAUAGAGGCCAGUGAGGUGCAGGACAUCCAGUAUAUUAACAAGACGGCCAGGCUUUUUGAGGUUAGGUCACAGGACCUGAUAGACGUGCUGACCACGAGGACAAUAGUGACUCGCGGAGAGAGUGUCACGGUAACCAUGGGCAGUCAUGGGGCUGCUGAUGUCCGCGAUGCUUUUGUCAAGGGAAUUUAUGGUCGCAUGUUUGUUUGGAUUGUCAAUAAAAUCAAUGGUGCUAUCUACAAGCAAGCACAGACAAACCGCUUCCGAACCUCUAUUGGAGUCUUGGACAUUUUUGGCUUUGAGAGUUUUGAUGUGAAUAGCUUUGAGCAGCUGUGUAUCAAUUACGCCAAUGAAAACCUACAGCAGUUUUUUGUCAGACACAUAUUCAAGUUAGAACAGGAGGAGUAUGAUAAUGAAGGGAUCAAUUGGAAACACAUUGAGUUUGUGGACAACCAAGAUGCACUCGAUUUGAUCGGGGCCAAACCAAUGAAUCUUAUUUCCUUAGUAGAUGAAGAAAGCAAAUUUCCUCGGGGAACAGACCGCAGCAUGUUGGAAAAAUUUAACAACAACCACAGAAAUAACAAAAAUUACCUUCAGCCAAAAUCCAACAUUAAUCUUCAGUUUGGUCUAAAUCACUUUGCUGGUGUGGUCUUCUACGACUGUAAAGGUUUUCUCGAGAAGAACAGAGACACCUUUAGUCCAGAUUUACUUGGGCUUAUUCAGACAUCCUCCAACAAAUUCCUGGUCAACCUCUUCACCAGCGACAUUAACAUGGGAUCAGAUACAAAGAAAAGAGCACCCACUCUUGGAUCUCAGUUUAAGAAAUCCCUGGAACUGCUUAUGAAGACUCUUGGAGCUUGCCAGCCAUUUUUUGUCAGAUGUGUCAAACCUAAUGAAUACAAAAAACCAUUGGAAUUUGAUAGACAACUGUGUUGCAAACAGCUACGAUACUCCGGGAUGAUGGAGACAAUUCGAAUCCGACGAGCAGGAUAUCCAAUCCGACAUAAAUUCCGGGACUUUGUAGAUCGCUAUAGAAUCUUGGCUCCUGGGAUGGGGCCUUCUCACAAAGAAGAAUGUAGAGCAGCCUCAAACAAAAUCUGCUCCAUCGUUUUAGCUGGUGAGGAUUACCAGAUAGGAAAAACGAAAGUCUUCCUCAAGGAUGCCCAGGAUGUUUACAUGGAGCAGUGUCGUGAAAAAGAGUUGACCAAAAAAAUACUGAUACUUCAAAAGACCAUAAGGGCAUGGCAUUGUAGAAGGCGUUUCCUUAAAAUGAAGGACAGCUGCAUCACCAUGCAGACGACAUGGAGGGCGUACAUAGCCAGAAAGAGGUUCUUAAUGAUCAAACAAGGCUAUCUGAGACUACAAGCAAUGAUAAGGUCUCGUAUUUUGACUGCUCGGUUUAACGCAGUCAGGAGUGUGAUGAUCAAUCUGCAGAGAUACUGUCGAGGCUACUUAGUGAGACAGUGGGCAUCCAAGAGAAUGACAUCGAUUGUCAAACUGCAGGCAUGCAUCCGAACUCUGAUAGCCAAGAAGAAGUAUCUGAGGCAAAAGAUUGAGUAUCAGAAACUCAAGGAAGCAGAAAGACUGAGAUUAGAGGAAGAGCAAAGACUCAAGAAAAAAAUGAACGACAAGAAGGCCAAGCAAGAGGCAGAGCGGCUGUAUAAGGAAAGAUUGGCAAAGAUGGAACAGGAGGUAAAUGAAGAAGAACAGAAGCAGAAAUCUGAAAUCAUGCAUAAAAAGGAACAGAUUGAUCUGGCAGAGAGGAAGAAGAAUGAGACAGUCAGUGACUCUAAGCUGGUGGAAGAAAUAUUUGAUAUCUUUGAUGAAGAUGGGAAUGAACAGCAAGGUGAUGCACCAUAUCCAUUCAUGGACCUUGAGGAGAAACGAAGACGCAUGAUAUCGGAGAAUGGGUUAGAUUUGGAUGAAAUGGCAAUACCACUUCCAGAUGAUGAAGAAGAUCUGUCAGAGUAUAAAUUUUCAAAGUUUGCUGCCAUGUACUUCAAGAACAAUGCCUCACAUAGUUAUAUCCGACGUGUUCUGAGGGAGCCACUGCUGCCCCUGACUAGUGAUGGAGAUAAACUCGCAGCGCUGGCUGUUUGGAUCACAAUAUUAAGGUUUAUGGGAGAUUUACCGGAGCCUAAAUACCACACAGCCAUGGCUGAAUCCAGGGACACAACACCAGUUAUGACAAAAAUCUAUUCAACAUUGGGGCGGAAAUUUAACAAAAAGGAUUUGGAAGAAGCCCAAAGAAUGGGAUUGGAUAUUGAAAAAGAACCAAUUCCUGGAAUUCGAGGACCAGGGAAGAGAAGUGUUAGAAAGAAGCUUGUGUCUCUGACAUUGAAGAAGAAGUCGAAGCUUACUGAGGAGGUCACACGUAAGCUGCAGCAGGAACUGGACAGUAGCUUCUCUGCUGGGGGCAGUAAUGCUCUGCUGGAGGACAGACCCUCAUCUAACUUGGAAAAGCUACAUUUUAUCAUCGGACACGGCAUUCUCAGGCCUGAUCUACGAGAUGAAAUAUACUGCCAGAUCUGCAAACAGCUGACACAGAACCCCACGAAGAGCAGCCAUGCGCGAGGAUGGAUUCUUCUGUCUCUCUGUGUAGGCUGUUUCGCCCCAACAGACAAGUUUAUAAAAUACCUAAGAAACUUUAUCCACGAGGGACCACCAGGUUAUGCCCCUUACUGUGAGGAAAGACUGAGGCGGACCUUUGCAAAUGGAACAAGAAAUCAGCCCCCAAGUUGGCUGGAGUUGCAGGCUACAAAAUCCAAAAAACCACUUAUGCUUCCAAUAACUUUUAUGGAUGGAAACACAAAGACACUUUUAGCUGAUUCAGCCACAACAGCAAGAGAACUUUGUCAACAGUUAUCUGAAAAAAUUGGUCUCCGAGAUCAGUUUGGAUUUUCUCUGUACAUUGCUUUAUUUGACAAGGUGUCCUCACUAGGCAGUGGAGGGGACCAUGUUAUGGAUGCUAUCUCUCAGUGUGAACAAUACGCCAAAGAACAGGGUGCACAGGAGCGUAACGCUCCAUGGAGGCUCUUCUUCAGGAAAGAAAUCUUUGCGCCAUGGCAUGACCCUGGGGAAGAUUUGGCGGCCACAAACCUGAUUUACCAGCAAGUGGUGAGGGGCAUCAAGUUUGGUGAAUAUAGAUGUGAUAAGGAGGAUGACCUGGGUAUGAUUGCUGCCCAGCAGUACUAUAUAGAACAUGGAGGCAAUCCCAUCCCGGAGCGGCUGGAAACUCUACUGCCCUCUUACAUCCCUGACCAUGCUUUAAAUCGACAAAAUGCUGUCACCUUUUGGUUGUCAACAAUAUUAAACAAAAUGAAGAUUUCUUACUUUGCCAAUGAAAAAAUCAGAGCACAGAAAGUGAAGGAGGAUAUUGUCAGUUAUGCAAAAUACAAAUGGCCAUUACUGUUUUCUCGCUUUUAUGAAGCUUACAAAUUUGCGGGACCUAGUUUGCCAAAGAACGAUGUGAUUAUUGCUGUGAACUGGACAGGUGUUUAUGUAGUGGAUGAUCAAGAACAGGUUCUCCUGGAGUUGUCUUUCCCUGAAAUCACAGCUGUGUCCAGUAGCAGAACUGGCAAAAUGCACGGCCAAAGCUUUACUCUUGCCACAGUGAAGGGAGAUGAGUACACAUUUACCUCCCCUAAUGCUGAAGAUAUCAGGGACUUGGUGGUCACAUUCCUGGAGGGGCUGAAGAAACGUUCAAAAUUUGUGAUAGCUCUGCAGGACUAUUCCUCUCCAGGAGAAGGUUCGUCUUUCCUGUCCUUCAAUAAGGGAGAUCUGAUUAUCCUGGACCAACAGAAUGGAGAGACUGUUAUGAACUCUGGCUGGUGUAUCGGAGAGUGUGUACGCACCAAUAAGAAAGGGGACUUCCCGGCAGAAUGUGUAUAUGUUCUGCCCACCAUCACCAAACCUCCGCAGGAGAUAUUGAAUUUGUUUGUCCAGUCCACUGACCAGACUUUGACAUCCACACACCAUGAGACAGUAGUGGACAUUACUCCAGGAGAGAAAGCUUACACCCUAGAAGAAUAUUCCAUGGAUCAUUUUAGACCUCCUCCAAAACGAACCCUGAGCAAGACUUUGUCAACAGCAAGGAGACGAAAACCUGAUGAGUUGUGGCGAUAUUCAAAAGAACCCCUGAGACAGCCAUUGCUGAAAAAACUGAUGGGUCGCGAGGAACUAAGUCAAGAGGCAUGCCUGGCUUUCAUGGCCAUACUGAAAUAUAUGGGAGAUCACCCCUCUCGGAGAGGAAGGACUGCAAAUGAACUGACAGACCAAAUAUUUGAGCCACCUCUAAGAACUGAGAUUCUGCGAGAUGAGAUAUAUUGCCAGAUCAUCAAGCAGCUCACUGACAACAGGAAUGAAACAAGUGAGAGGCGUGGCUGGGAACUGAUGUGGCUAGCUACAGGGUGUUUUACGCCCAGCACAAAUCUGCUGAAAGAAGUCAUGCAGUUUUUAAGAUCCAAAAGGAACCAGAUAUCCACUGACUGCGUAAACAGGCUGCAGAAAACUGUCAGAAAUGGAACCAGAAAAUACCCUCCUCAUCAGGUGGAGGUGGAAGCCAUACAGCACAAGACGACACAAAUUCUCCAUAAGGUCUACUUUCCUGAUGACACAGAUGAGGCAUUUGAAGUUGAGUCUAGCACAAGAGCCAAGGACUUUUGCCUUAACAUUGCCAAUAAACUAUUGCUGAAAUCUUCUGAGGGCUUUAGUCUCUUUGUAAAGAUUGCAGACAAAGUGAUAAGUGUGCCGGAGGGAGAUUUUUUCUUUGACUUUGUCAGGCAUUUGACUGACUGGAUCAGGAAAGCCAGACCAACACGUGAUGGAAGUGUGCCAUCCUUCACUUACCAAGUGUUUUAUAUGAAGAAACUAUGGACAAACACAGUCCCAGGGAAGGACUCGCACGCUGAUCAAAUAUUUCAUUAUCACCAGGAACUUCCCAAACUUCUGCGUGGCUAUCAUAAAUGUAACAGAGAGGAGGCAGCCCAGCUCGGGGCACUCAUUUAUCGCGUCAAAUGUGGUGAGAACAAGUCCAGCUUGGGAAACAUUCCACGAAUGCUGCGUGAGCUUGUUCCAAGUGACCUAGUAAAGACUUAUUCACCUGAUGAUUGGAAGAGACACAUCAUUGGGUAUUACAACAAAAAUGCUGGAAUGUCACAAGAGGAGGCUAAAGUGGACUUUUUGAAGAUUAUUUAUAAUUGGCCAACCUUUGGGUCUGCUUUCUUCGAGGUCAAGCAGACAACUGAGCCUAAUUAUCCUGAAAUCCUGCUGAUAGCAAUCAACAAACAUGGCGUCAAUCUGAUCCACCCAAGUACAAAGGACAUACUUGCUACACACCCAUUCACCAAAAUCUCCAACUGGAGUAGUGGGAAUACCUACUUUCACAUGACCAUUGGCAAUCUUGUUCGUGGAAGUAAGCUGCUGUGCGAGACCUCGCUGGGCUACAAGAUGGAUGAUCUUCUGACUUCAUACAUAAGUUUGAUGCUGACCAGCAUGAACAAACAAAAGAGUGUCAAAAAGUGAGAUUCCAAUUCCAAAGACAGAUAUGCAAUACGGACAGCAGAGUGAUUUCUUAUGUCCCAGUGUAACCUGUGAUACAUUGUUUUAUUCAUGAUAAAAAGAUAUAUACCUUUUCAGAGUUUUUAAUGUUCAAAAUCCAUGAUUUUUCUUUCUGUUGUAAUUAUGUUUCAAAUCAACGUUCAGUUCUCUUAUGCAGUCUUUUGUUCGUGAAUCUUUUUUUUUGUAAGACACAUUCCUGAAUGUGCUGUUAUCCUGUAUGUGUGUAGUAUUUGCCCAUAACAUAUAUUGCUAUUUAUGUAUAUUUUAUCAGUUUUUAAAACAUCAAGCUUUAUUUGAUGGUAAACCAUUGUGCAGUUGAUUAAGGAAUCGCUGUCUAGUGUGUUGGGUGUUUGAGGUCAUUAACUACAAUGAAAAAUGUGAUAAUUAAGCAUACAUGUAACUGAAGCUGAUAUGCACAAAUAAUUACUUUUUUUUUCAAAAUAUAAAAUUGACAUAUCAAAAAUACUACCUAUAGAAAUGGAAAUACCCAUGGCAUUCUCGUGCUAAUUUCCAUAGUCCCCACCCACUGAUGUCAUGACAAGUUGCCGAUUUGCAUGCAAGUAAGACAUGCAGAUGUAGUAUAUGGGAAAACUAACACAUUGGAACUUCAAAGAGAAGACAGUUCGAAAUGUAAAUACAUGUAUUUCAAUACCAUUUCAUUAUCAUUGCUAACGUCAUGCCUAACUUUAAAUAUAUUUAAGUAUAUGUAUAUAUAUAUAGCUGAUGUGGAUUUGUGAAAUAUUUAUUAUGAUCAAUAUGCAAUAGCAAUUUGUACACAGGGUGUAACAGUAUAUAUGCAAGCUUCCAUUACUAGUAAGACAUUUUACACAAUGUCUCGUGGAGUCGGUCUGUUGAUCACCAUUCAAGGUCCUCUUUCUUACUGCUUCUUUUGCAGGUCUUUUUCCGUACAGUUUGGGUACAGUUUGUAUUUAUGUUUAGAUAGAUGACAACGUGGCUCACACUAGAAAAGUCCCCUAAUGGGCUCAUGGCUGUAUGUUACCAUGGAAAUAUUUUGUGUAAUUGGAACUUGAAUUGUUUUGCAUUAUACUGAAGAAAUAGCUUCAUGUCAUGUUUUCAGUGAAAUAAAGUCUAUUGUUCUAAUUAUAUGUAAAACAGAAUAAACUAAUACUUUUGUUAUGAA